CCAAUAUCUGGUCUCGUAUUUGAUGCAUGGUUCAAUCGUUACGAAGACGUCUUCCGUAUUGAAUGCUACAUGUUUGAUGAUGCUGCCAAAGUCCGAUUGUUACUAAGAAAACUUGGUACUGUUGAGCACAACAGAUAUGUUAACUUCAUUCUGCCCAAGAACCCACGUGAGUUAUCAUUCGAUGAGACAGUCACCGUUUUAUCACAAAUCUUUGGUGAACAGUCAUCCAUGUUUAAUAUUCGGUAUCAAUGUUUUCAGUUGACAAAAAUGCCUUCCGAUGAUUAUGUGACUUACGCUGGCAAAGUGAACAAGGAAUGUGAAAGGUUCAAACCACACGAAAUGACAUCAGAUCAGUUCAAGUGUUUGAUUUUUAUUUGUGGGUUGAAGAACCCAGAAGAUACUGACAUACGAACUCGACUUCUGUCACUCGUGGAACAAGACCCGAAAAUGACUUUACAAAUGGUGACAGCAGAAUGCCUACGUUUAAUCAACUUGAAGCACGAUACUGCUAUGGUGGAGUGCAAACGACAGUCGUCUGAAUUUGGUUCGAUUAACACAGUGAAAAGUCCUCCGAUCACCGUUAAGCACACAGAACGUCAGUCUCAAAAUUCAGCUAAACCUCCUUCAGUGUGCUGGCACUGUGGUUCGUGGCAUUUUGUCAAGUUCUGUCCUUUCAAGAAGCAUAAAUGCCGUAAUUGUCACCGUUUUGGACAUAAGGAGGGUUACUGUACACCGCAGAAAAAUCCUUCGGUGAGGAACAGAAGUAGUCGUUUCGAGCCGAAACAAUCUCCUCGAGUACAGACCGUUUUCACUACUUCCAAAGUCGAGUUCGCCAGCAAACGUAAGUACAUAACACUAGAUAUUAACGGCAAACGUAUUCGUCUUCAGUUGGAUACGGCAUCAGAUAUCACCGUAAUUUCCCGAACUACGUGGCGCAAACUUGGUUGCCCACAGAUUCUGCCGACCGAGCAUGUCGCCAAGAAUGUCUCUGGAGAUAUACUGAAACUCGUGGGUGAGAUAAAUUGCCAGGUUCAGUUUGGUGAGCAUCACUUCAAUGGUGUAUGUUACGUUACAAACUACCAUGAUUUGAAUUUGCUUGGUCUUGACUGGUUAGACAAGCUCCAUAUCUUUAAUGUACCAUUAAAUUCAGUAUGCUCUAAUGUUUCGUCUUCACCACACAACGUUGUUCCCGGAGAUGUAUCUGAUCAAUCUCUCUUGCAACGCCGUCGUCAAAAGCACGCUUCUGUCUUCCAGGACAAACUUGGUUGCUGCAAACUGUUUGGCAUCCAGCAUAUUCGUAGCCCCCCGUAUCAUCCCCAAUCGAAUGGACAGACUGAACGUUUCGUCGACACCUUUAAGCGUGCUUAUGCAAAAGCGAAGGGGGAGGGAACAACAGAAGAAAUUUUGGAUAAAUUCUUGCUGCAUUAUCGUACGAAUGAAAAAGGACAGUUAUGUGUCAGACACACAGAUCACGCUCUAUCCAGUACCACGCAAAGGUCAACUCGACAAAGAAGAGCUCCGAAACCUUUUCAAAUAGAUCCAAAAAGCAAGUCCUACACUCUUUACGGGGGGAGGUGAUAGGAUCCCACAUAUUUUGGUAUUGACUGUUUAAACUUGCAUAUAUGGUAUGUUAUCAUUCUCACACAUUUUGGUAUUUACUGUUAAUCUUGUAUAUAUGGUAUAUUAUCAUUCUCACACAUUUUGGUAGUGACUGUUAAUCUUGCAUAUAUGGUAUAUUAUCAUUCCCACACAUUUUGUUAUUGACUGUCAAUCUCGCACAUAUGGUAUAUUAUCAUCU